CCCAUUUUCAAGGUAGAGGCAAACCUCACUUGAGUAAAGCGAUCCUCAUGUUGUCAUCAUGUCGGAACUUUCGGAGCAGAAAAAGAAGAAACACAUCAAGAUCUGGGGCAUCCCAAUGCUCAGGUUGCAUUCACCAUUUUGGCAAAAUGUGAUAAUUGGUAUUCUCAUCGGCUUGACAGCUGGCUUGUACGUGGCACUGAACUUGCUUGGUGCAGGCGGUGGAAAACCCAAUUCAGCGCAAACAGUCCAGGUUGUGAACGCGCUGCUGUGCGCGGUCUGGUUCUUCAGCGCUUGCUUUGGUGGGACUAUGCUCAACCUCGUUGGUCCUGCGAUCACGGCAUGCCUCGGCGUCAUUGGAUACAUCAUCUAUGUCGGUUCGCUGUGGUACUUCGACGCGACAGGCAAACAAGGGUUUCCAAUCUUUGCCGGAGUGUGUAUCGGCAUCUCGGCAGGCCUGAUCUUCGUCACAAUGGGCUACAUCGCCAUGUCGUACUCAGAGGAGCAAGAUCGCGGGGCCUUCAUCACCAUGUCCACUAAUCUGCAAGCCGUGGGCUCCGUAGUUGGCGGUAUCAUUCCUUUGAUAAUCAAUAGGAAUGCAACGACAACGGCGGGUGUUCCAGCUGCUGUGUACAUUGUGUUCAUUGUGAUGAUGUGCAUCGGCGCUGUCAUGGCAUUUCUGUUAAUGCCACCUUCUAAGAUCAUCCGAGCUGAUGGGACCAAGGUCGGCAGGGUAGUGGCGCGCUCUUUCAUCGAGGAGCUCAAGGCCAAUUUGGAGAUAUUCCGUGACUGGAAGCUCCUCAUCAUGAUCCCUGCCUUCCUGCCGGCGGAGUGUUUCCUUGUUUAUGGCGGCUCCGUCAAUGCCCAUCACAACAACCUGCGCGCCCGUUCACUCUUUUCCUUCAUGUCGGUCGUGCUUCAGAUUCCGUGUGGCUACGGGCUGCAGAGGAUCCUGGACCACAAGGCGUGGAAGCGUCGCACGAGGGCAUUGCUCGGGUUGGCCAUUGUGGGCACUCCCCUGAUGGCCGCGUGGGUUUGGGAGAUGGUUCGAGUACGCGACUACGAUCGCUUAAAUCCGCCCAACACGCCUUUGGAUUGGAGCGAUCCGGACUUUGGACCGAUUUUCGUGCUUUUCAUGUUGAAUUGGAUCUCAGGCUCGCUGUGGCAGUACAUCAUCCUGUACUAUCUCGGAUGCCUUACGAAUUCACCGCGAAAGAGCGCAAACUAUGCAGGUGUCUUCCGUGGCAUCCUUGGUGCGGGUGAGGCCAUCUGCUUCGGACUUGACUCAAUCCAAGUCCCCUACAUCAAGGAAGCUGCCGUCAUCUUCGCGUUUUAUGCCACUGGCGUUCUCGUUUUCUUGUACUUGGGUCUAUAUCACAUCCGAGAGACGGAAUACUUUGCUGGCGAAGAGGAUGUUGUCAUUCCGAAACAUGUGCUAGAGGAACGCGACAUGAAGGUGGAAACAGGGAGUGACGAGGGAAAGGCUGCUUAAAGUAUCUCAAUCAAAUUUUGAAUAUGAAGGGUCCUCAGCGCCCUGUUCAUGUCAAUAGAAAAUACAGAGAGCCGGCCUAAAACUUAGAGAUUGACAUACUUGUAGCGAAUUCAGG